CGGGUUUGACUACCUCAGGUUCUAAAGCUAGUUUGCGUGUGACGUCGAGCAGUUAGUUACGCCAGCAAGCUCAGGCGGACUACUCCGAACGAAUAAAUCUGGGCCUGGUCGCUCGUCGCACGCACGUGUAGGUACGGCCGACUCUCGUCGUCGUUCGGAAUCCGAUGAAUUCAGGAGAUUAGUCAGGAUGAACCUGGAGUUUAGCUAAGCACGAAGCAGUAGAUUCUCUCACGAUGAAUUCGGAUUCGUACGCCGCAUGGAUCGACCGCCGUUCGAUCCUGCUCUUCGUCGCUGCCGUCUCCGCCGGCGUGGCUGCCGGCGCGACGGCAGCGGUGACGGCGACGGUGUUCCCCUACUCGCUGGGGCUGCUGAUCGGCGCGCUGCGGAGCAAGGAAGGAAAGAAGGACUCUAAGACUACCAAGUCCAAGGAGAAGACUAAGAAGUCAAGCGCUAGCAGCAGCAGCGGCGGAAUUGGCGGUGUAGGGGGGUUGGGAGUGGGCCCGCUGACCAAGGAAGGGCAGGUGCAUCGCGACGUGGUCAUGAGCGCCGUGGUCGAUCCAUCCGCGUCACAAGUCUCCUUCGACUCGUUUCCGUACUAUCUCAGCGACGCUACGCGCAACGCCUUGGUGGACUCAUGCUUCAUCCGCCUGCGCCGCCCCGAGUUCCUGCGCUUCACGGCCGACCUGCCCGCCCUCUCCGCGCGCAUCCUGCUCCAAGGGCCCUCAGGCUCGGAGCGGUACCAGGAGCAGCUGGUUCGGGCGUUGGCUCGGCACCUGGAUGCGAAACUUCUGAUUUUCGACCUUCCUAACAUGCUGCUGCAGGUGGCUCUGGCGACCAAGUCAGGCGGUGCCUUGCCAGAGGCGCUCACGAUUGAAGCAGCGCCAGCAGCAGCAUCAUCAUCAUCAUCAUCUGCAGCAGCAGCAGAGGCAGCAGCAGCAGCAACAGCAGAAGCAGCAGCAGCAGAGGCAGCAGAGGCGAUCGAUGGAGGUGCUGCAGUUGCGACUGCUGCUCCUUGCGAGGAGGCGGGCUCAGGUGUGGGCGGGGGGGAUCAAGGAGGGGCAGCAGGAGGAGGAGGCGCAGCAAGAGGAGGAGGGGCAGAAGAGAGGGGUCCAGGGGAUGCAGCAGAGCUUUGUGAAAGCGAGGAGGAGGAGGGGGGAGAGGAGAGGAGAGGGGAGGAAAAGCAGGGAGUGGAAGAAGCAGCAAGGGGAGAGGAGACGCGAGAGGCAGCGGGGUUGGGGGAGGCAAAAGGCUCUGGUCUUACAGGUGCGGCAGGAGGGGGAGGGCAGGGUGGUGCUGGGGGAGGUAGUGAUCAGGGGGGUGCUGAAUCUGCCUUGGAAUCGCAAGUAACGGAAUCACAAUUACAGCUAGCUGCUGACAUGGCAGGCGAUGGACCUGCUGACGAGGCGGCUGACAUGGCAGAGGCAGCGGUGGUGGAAAGCUUGUUUCCAGGGGAAGGAGGCGAGCUGGCUGAGGUGAGGGAGGAGGAGCAGGAGGGCGAGAGGGAGGAGGCGGAGAGGGAGGAGGCGGAGAGGGAGGGUGAGGUGGACGGGGGAGAGGCGGGAGAGCAGCGGUGCGUGCAGGGAGCAGGCGGGGAGGCAGGGGGCGUUUGUGGUGCAGCGCGUGUGUAUGGAUCGAGUGCUACCUCUGCUGCCAGUGCUGCGUGCUGCAGUGCACCGCAGCCCACGGCUGCUGCUGCUGCAGCUGAUGUUAGCACCAACGCUGGUGCUUCUACUGACGCUAUUGUCAGGUCCAACGACAGAGAGCAUACGCCCAGUGACGGUGGUGGUGGUGGUGCUGCUGCCAGUUCCCAGCCGGACAGCAUACCCCCCACCAGCACCAGCACCAGCACCAGCAAAAAGCUGAGCAAGUCGUCGAGUAAACCGAGCAGUGGAGGCGGGGGAGCGGGAGGAGUGGACCUGAGAGCUGUGAAGCUCAAGGAGCUGUCUUCCUCCCUCAUCCCCCGCUCGCACUCCCACCACUCCAAGGCGUCCUCCUCCUCGUCUUCCUCCUCGUCCUCGCAUCAUAAGAAGAAGAGCAGCAGCAGCAGCAGCAAGGGAGCCAAGAGCUCAGCGAAGGAGGGAGGGGGUGAGGUGGAGGGUGCAGGGAAGGGCGGAAGAGGGGAGGCGAGUAGUGGGGCAGCGGUGGCGGCUACAGUGCACAAGGCGAAGAGCAAGGGGGAGAAGGAGAAGGAGGGCGCUGGGAGCGAGGCGAAGAGGAGCGGCGAGAGUAGUGUGGAGGGGUCAAAGAGGAGCUUCAAGAAAGGCGACAGGGUGCGCUACAUGGGCCCAUCCUCUCUCUCCACUGCAGCACCGCCACCACCCUCAGCGUCGCUCCUCCCACCCUCAAUGCGCGGCCCACCUCUGGGUCUCAAGGGGCGAGUGGUGCUGGUGCUGGAGGAGAACCCGCACCGAGUGGGUGUGCGCUUUGACAAGCCCAUCCCGGGCGGCAGCAGCCUGGUGGAGGUGUGCGACGAGGGGCACGGCGCAUGGUGCCACGUGUCGGAGUUGAGGAUGGAGGGGGCGGCAGCAGACGACGCGGAGAAGCAGCUGGUGGACCACUGCAUGGCGGUGGCGGCCACAGUGGCGGCCUCGUCCCCUCUCAUUGUGUUCAUCCCAGGGGCCGACAGAGUGGCAGCGGCGCACUACGAGAGGCUCGUGAGGCUUGAGAGGAUGGAACGCGUGGGGGUGGUGGGGGAGAGAGGCGCGGAGAAGGGGAAGGAGGGGAAGGAGGGGAAGGAGGGGAAGGAGGGGAAGGAGGGGAAGGAGGGGAAGGAGGCAAAGGAGGCGAAGGAAAAGUUCGAGCCAUUGAGGCUGGUGGUGAUUGGCGCUCACACAGUGCUGCCCAAGAAGGACAAGGCGCCAGCAGCCCCCUCAGCCCCCAAGCCCACAGACAAGCUCUCGGCUCUCUUCGACCUCUCCUUCCUGGACCAGCUGUCCUCGCGCUUAGAGGACGGCCGUGGGGAAGGCGGCGCAGGCAAGGCGGGCAGCAGGGCGGUGUCGCGGCUCUUUCCCACGUGCAUCCCAGUGCUGCCGCCCGCGCAAGACGAUGACGUGGCGCAGCGCGAUUGGGCACGGCAGCUGGAGGGCGACGUGGAGCUGAUGCGUGCAGAGAGCAACCGGCGCACGCUCAGAUCGGUGAUGUGCAGCGCGGGAGUGGAGUGUGCCGACAUCGACAGACUUUCCAUCGCCUCGCACUCCCUCCCCCAGGAUGGUGCAGAGCGCAUGGUGGGGUGGGCCAUAAGCCACCAGCUGCAGCACAGCCCACCGUGCGAUGUGCCUGCUGCCCGCCUGCCCCUCGCCCUCUCCAGUAUUCGGCACGGAGUGGCGGUGGUGGAGGGGGCGUCUCAGCAGCAGCCAGCCACACAGUGCAAGGCGCUCAAGGACGUGACGUGCGACAAUGACUUUGAGCGGUUGCUACUGGGGGAGGUGAUACCUGCGGAGGAGCUGGGCGUGCGCUUUGAGCACAUCGGCGCGCUGGAAGGCGUCAAGGAGGCGCUUAGGGAGGUGGUCAUGCUGCCGCUGCAGCGGCCGGAGCUGUUUCAAACGGGGCAGCUGACCAAGCCGGUACGUGGGCUGCUGCUGUUUGGGCCGCCGGGCACGGGCAAGACGAUGCUGGGCAAGGCGGUGGCCACGGAGUCGGGCGCCAACUUCAUCAGCCUCUCCAUGGCGUCCGUGGCGUCCAAGUGGUUCGGUGAGGCGGAGAAGUACGUGAAGGCGGUGUUCACGCUGGCCAGUAAAAUCGCGCCAUGUGUCAUUUUCGUGGAUGAGGUGGAUAGCAUGUUGGGGCGGCGCGGCGGGGACUCGGAGCACAGCGCAAUGCGCAAGCUGAAGAACGAGUUCAUGGCGGCGUGGGACGGGCUGCGCUCCAAGCAGGCGGACCGCAUCCUUGUGCUGGGCGCCACCAACCGGCCGCACGACCUGGAUGACGCCGUCGUCAGGCGCUUCCCCAGAAGGCUGUUCGUGGACCUGCCAGACCGCCCCAACCGCGGCAAGAUACUGGACGUCAUUCUCAAGGGGGAGCAGCUGGAGGCGGGGUUCUCGUUGGACGAGCUGGCGGCUACCACCGAUGGGUACUCGGGCAGCGACCUAAAGAACCUGUGUGUGACGGCGGCGUUCCUCAGAAUAAAGGAGUUCCUGGAGAAGGAGAAGAAGGAGAAAGAAGAGGCAGAGAGCAGCAAGGAGGGUGCAGAGAGCAGCAGGGGUGAGGGCACCUCAGCUACGAGCGGCAGCAGGGAGGGCGAGGCUGGGGCUGCUGCUGACAGCUCCCUUAACGCCCUUGAUGUCUCAUCCACUGGUGCCACGCCCUGCCUGCGCCCAAUCAGCAUGGAGGACAUGCGCAAAGCCAUGGAGAAGGUGCGGGCGAGUGUGAGCAGCGAUGCGGCGGCGAUGAUGGAGCUGAUGCAGUGGAAUGAGCAGUUCGGGGAGGGCGCCACGCGCAAGAUCACCCCGCUCUCCUACUUCAUGUGACCGCAUCACACCGCUCUCCUACUUCAUGUGACCGCAUCACACCAAUCUCCUACUUCAUGUGACCACAUCACACCGCUCUCCUACUUCAUGUGACCACAUCACACCGCUCUCCUACUUCAUGUGACCACAUCACACCGCUCUCCUACUUCAUGUGACCGCUGCCACCUUGCAUGGGUGCACUGCUAUGCACUCGGGUUCACAUGGCAUGGGCAGAGGAAGCAGUCUGUGUGCAGUCACGUCACGUGUCUUGCCCCCCAGAGCUGGCUCUUGCAGUGAUUGUCACCCGUAGAUUUUUGUGCUGUGCUGCUGUCUAACAACUCUGACACCACCCUGGAUCUCAUGUAACACCACUACCUGCCUGCUCUGUAGCCCGGUGUCCAGUUAAAGCAACGCAGCGUGGCCUGAUUGUCAAACAUAUGUGUGUAUGUUUAGUAGACUACAUAGGGUCAUGCCAUAGAGAGUACAACCCAUAAGCUAUAUACCUCUAUAUGCUCCCAUUCUAG